UCCUGGCGGGCGGGAGGCAGCGUGAGGCCUAGCUGGAGCCCGGCGUGGGAAGUGAUGUGCCGGGAAUACUGAGUUCCAACGCGGGCUUUGUACCCUGGGCUUCGAGACUUGCCUCACGCUUGUUGGAUCUCCGACUCUGACGGAGGAGAACCCAGACCUCCACCUGCUUGAGGAAGGGCGCGGGUGGGGGGUGGAGGGAGCAAUACCAGGCCCUUUCUGUCACUGCCACCAUCUCCUCUACUCUCUGCUGUUGUCCUUUUUCUUGCUGCUGACCGGCCUGCUUGGGUCACAAGCCAGCUGCUCCAGUUCCUCUUCUCUCGGUGGUUUUGCCCUCCCCCACUCGGCUUGUUGAAUAAACAGCGGCUCGUACUGAGCCGGCGGGAUCUGGUGGGGCCUGGCCGAAGCAUUUGCUCCCUCGUUUCCUCCACGGUAUUGAGGCUUGCCGGUGGCGUACAUGUGGAGAAUCUUGCUCUGGGGAGGUGUCAUUGAGGGAGGAAUCUGCUACACCAUUUUUGAUUUGGGCUUCCGCUUUGAUGUGGCAUGGUUCCUGACUGAGACUUCACCCUUCAUGUGGUCGAAUCUGGGCAUCGGCCUAGCUAUCUCCCUGUCCGUGGUUGGGGCAGCCUGGGGCAUCUAUAUUACUGGCUCAUCCAUCAUUGGGGGAGGGGUAAAGGCCCCCAGAAUCAAGACCAAGAACCUGGUAAGCAUCAUCUUCUGUGAAGCUGUGGCCAUCUACGGCAUCAUUAUGGCAAUUGUCAUUAGCAACAUGGCUGAGCCUUUCAGUGCUACUGACCCCCACGCCAUUGGCCAUCGGAACUACCAUGCAGGCUAUUCCAUGUUUGGGGCUGGCCUCACAGUGGGCCUUUCCAACCUCUUCUGUGGAGUCUGCGUGGGCAUCGUGGGCAGUGGCGCCGCCCUGGCUGAUGCUCAGAACCCCAGCCUCUUUGUCAAGAUUCUCAUCGUGGAGAUCUUUGGCAGCGCCAUCGGCCUCUUUGGGGUCAUCGUUGCAAUUCUUCAGACCUCCAGAGUGAAGAUGGGUGACUAGAACUGUGUGGGGAGGCCAUGCUUCACUCUUAUUUAUUACUGGUUUUCCUGGGACAGCUGGAGCUGUGCCCCUUAGCCUUUCAGGGGCUUGGUGUUCAGGGCCUUCCUUGCACUCACCACUUGAGGCCUGCAGACUUGGAGGCACUGCAGUCCAGGCUGAAUCUUCAGUGUGGGGAAUGGGCCACUGAUGGCAACUGUGUGUGAAAUUGUGCACCUUUGUCCCCCACCUCCACCCCAACCCAUCUUCCCAUUGUUUGUGAAAUAAACAUGGUAUUUGUCCUGGGUCA